AACAGAGCAAUUUCUUGAUUAUCAAGAACAGAUCUUUUCCUCUACCCCUUCUAGCUAGAAAACCCUAGUUUGCACAUUCUAGCUAGAAAACCCUAAUUUUCAUCAGCUGGAGACACAUACACAUACCUAUAUAUAUAUAUACACAAUCAUACAUAUCAGUGAAAGAAAAUGAAGGGUUCAUCAGAGACCAAAUUCUUGCAAGAAUUGAUAUUGUACGCAGCUAGCGCCGCCCUGAGCUGCCUGGUGUUGUUCGCUGGGCUUCGACACCUUGACCCAAACCGCGAGGCCUCCAAGAAAGCUCUCGAACACAAGAAGGAGAUCGCAAAGCGUUUGGGUAGACCUCUCAUUCAAACCAAUCCCUAUGAGGACGUAAUAGCUUGUGACGUAAUUAAUCCUGACCACAUAGAUGUGGAAUUUAACUCUAUUGGAGGGUUGGAAACCAUUAAGCAAGCUUUAUACGAAUUGGUGAUUCUUCCAUUAAGGAGGCCUGAGCUGUUUUCACACGGGAAGCUUCUUGGUCCUCAAAAAGGGGUCUUGUUAUAUGGACCACCUGGCACUGGGAAGACCAUGCUUGCCAAAGCCAUUGCAAAGGAGUCUGGAGCUGUUUUCAUUAAUGUGAGGAUAUCAAACCUAAUGAGCAAAUGGUUUGGCGAUGCACAAAAACUUGUGGCUGCUGUCUUCAGCUUGGCUUAUAAACUCCAGCCUGCCAUUAUAUUCAUUGAUGAGGUCGACAGUUUUCUGGGUCAGCGUCGCACAACAGACCAUGAAGCCUUGACAAACAUGAAGACUGAGUUCAUGGCUUUAUGGGACGGUUUCACCACAGACCAGAAUGCUCGGGUGAUGGUUCUUGCUGCAACUAACCGUCCGUCAGAACUUGAUGAAGCUAUUCUUCGGCGUCUUCCUCAGGCCUUUGAGAUCGGCAUACCUGACCGCAGGGAGAGGGUGGAGAUACUGAAGGUGGUUCUGAAGGGUGAGAGGGUAGAAGAGGACAUUGACUUUGCUUACAUUGCUGGUUUAUGUGAAGGCUAUACCGGUUCAGAUCUCCUUGAGUUGUGCAAGAAAGCAGCCUACUAUCCCAUCAGGGACCUACUUAAUGAAGAGAAGAAAGGGAAGUCAUCUCCUGAACCAAGGCCAUUGUCACAGUCGGAUCUUGAGAUUGUUCUCGCCUCAUCAAGAAAGACAAGGGUUGCAGCAAGUGAAUACACAGGGUUAAACUCUCAAUCAUCAGGAUGGCCAAGGAAUAGGGACCCAGAAGAUUAUCAGGUCCAAGCUGCGAUCAGUGAGCUUUCUAAACUUGUGGUUUCCCAAAUAAUGAACCUUCAAUCAGAUACGCAAGAUGCUUAAAAUCAUAACCUAGCUUGUUUGUAUAAUUACGUUCAAGUAAAUGAAUUACAAACGGAAGUUGUAGUCUUACGAGGCAGCUGAGUACUUCCCUGUUAACCCUUUUGGGGUAUUUUGGAAUUUUCUUAUUUGUCUUAAAUUUACACAUUAUUGAAUCUUGCUUAUUACAUUGAAUUUUGUUCUGUUA